CGGGUUUUCAACCCUCAAGGUUACCAGGAAUGUCGAACAUCUUCGAAAGGGACUUUAUUUUUAAGUCCAAUCAUUCGCUGGAUACUCAAAUUACAGCCUCUAUCGAUCGAGGGGACUUUCAUCUUUCUUUGCUGUCACUGAUUUCCUUCAUAUUGUGGACAAUAUAUGUUCUUUUCUACAAUGCUAGAGUUGUAGGCUUGAUCGUAUCCGUCAUAGUUAGGAGAUUCAUCAAGGGUUGCUACAUCAGUGUCGGCUCAAUAUCUUUUUCAGCUCUCGGUGGGAAAUUAAUGUUAAGAGACUUAGUUUGCGUGAGUGAUGACUAUUCUGUCAGAAUCUGUUAUGUCAUUGUUGUGUUUAAUUAUUGGACGAGAUACUAUCCAGAAAAAAAAGAUGCUUUACAGAAAAGAUGUCUCUACGUUUACCUUUAUGGGGUUGAUGUCCAUGUGUUUAACCGCACCGGUGUCUACAAAAUGUUACAGGACAUUUUUAAGCCAAAUUAUGAUGAAUCAUCGGAAUUGUUGAAUCGCUCAGCAGGUGCAUUAGGGAUUACCAAGGAAACUUCUAAACUCAUUACUUCCAAACGAUAUAGUCGUCAUCGGCCGGAUAUUGCAAACGAUCAGGAACCAUGCGAUUCUGCUUCGAAUUCGGGAGUCUUAGACAUGUUCUGGAAGCAUGCUCAUAAACUAUUACCUGCCGUUAAAUUUGAUUUUGAGUUGGCCAACAUAUGUGCCGGUAACCAUUUACUACCUAGAGCAUGUCUCGUCACAUGCAAUCGAAUAUAUGGGUCUUAUUGUAUUGGUGAUGCAUCGUCACGUUUGGAUAAAUAUCAACAUCAAAUCAAAUCACGUUUUGUCAAUUUAAUGGGUUCUCUUAUUCCUGUAUCUAAAUAUUCUGGCCAACACGCUAUUGAAGACCCACCUAAAAGUUGGGACAAAGCGUUUCAUGUUUUUCACUUUGGAGCAGGUACAAUCGACUAUGUACAGGAUGAACCAGGUGUAGGAUUGUGUGAAUCUGAAAAAUCAGAAUUAACUGAAGAUCAUGUGACUGCACAAAAUACCUGGCCUAAGUGGGAAUUACAUAUGUUUGUUAAUAGAAUAUGCCAACUUAAUUAUGGUCCAUGGGCUGAUCGUCAGAGAGAUAUCAUUUGGCGAUUUUUCUUUCCACCAUCAUAUCAAGUGGCUAAACCCAGUGAACCUAUUACUGUUGGACAACGUAGAGUUGCUAAAAAGUUUGUUUUCGAAUUAAAAUCUUCUACCAAUAUCAACCUUGAUCUUUAUUUCAUGCGACGUGAGGUUCUUGAAUCUUUGAGACUGUCAGGAUGUCCAGAUUCAGUUGUAAAACUCAGUAUCCCGUGGUUAGUCAAUCAGAAUGGUUUUGUAGCUACUCUGAAGGUUAACCUAGUUAAGUCAACUUUGCUCCUUGACCAUUUAUGGCGUAAUUUAUUGAUUACUGAUCAAUAUAUCAGGCUUGAUUUGAAAAUGUACUAUCCGAGAGAGUGGAAUAUGCAACACUUAUGGGAUAUUGGACUGGAUAUUCGUGAUGCACAAUUAACUGUAUUGUUUGAUUACAAACAUUAUUUUAAAGGUCUCAUCGAUGACUGGAAUCAUAGUUUACAUCCGGAUUUACUCAGUUUUGUUCCAUGCACUUAUAAAUUUCACAUUAAAUCAAAUAAUUUAGACUUGAUACUAUUAGCUAAUGAUUACAAUUGGAUAUCGAAAUUUGGUGAAAAUGCUUAUCUUGGAUUUCAUGUGAAAAAGUUAUUACUUACAUUUGAUCUAUCAUUUAUAGACUUUUUACCUGUUACAAUACCAAUUAAUUAUAAUAUUGAAUGUUCUUCAGUAUCACUUCGGAUAUCUUUACCAGAGACUAGUACGCUAUAUUAUUUGUUACAAGAAGUUCAUAAUCGUAUGAAAUUUGUCAAUGCUCGUGGUCAGAUUCAAAAAUCUUCACCUUUUCACUCAAAUAUUCAAGAAAUGACAUUUCAUGAUAAAGUUUCUAAAACAAUUAAUGUUCAUUGGUUUGAUUGUGGCUGGGCACCUCGUAUUAGUCUUAGAAUAGCCUACAUUUAUCAUCCAUCACCAUGGGUAUCUGAAUAUUGGCGUUUUAUUCCAUCGGAAUACAGACCGAAUGUACUUUCAUAUACUGGCUCGUAUCAAACUGAUCGUAAAUCUUGUGCAUCUAAAUGGAUAUCUGCUUCUUCAAAUCGUCACAAUAUAGGAUCAACAAGUCAAUCAGAUUUAGAAGAGUUAGCGCUUAGUAAACUUCGGCCAGAAGGCAGUUAUACACAAGGGCCUACUGAAAAUGAUAUACUGAAGAGUAAAUGUGAUAUCUUUACAUGUUUUGAACCAGAUACAGUUGAUGUACAUUUGCAUAUUCCUUCUGCACAGUUAUUAUUCUAUGGUACAGUACUGCGACAUUUUAUUCAUGUCAAGGAAAAUUAUUUUGGAGUUAAUCAGGUACCUGUAAGUUUCGAUCGUGAACCUCUUCGACCAGAUGAAAGUUCCUCUUUCACUGAUGAUGAUUUAAUUCGAUUAAAAUCGCAUACUAAACAUAAUGCCGCGGUUAAUGAUAAUGACUUUAGUAAGGUUGAUAAACUUCCAGAGAAACGAUUCAUUGAUGCUAGAGAAUUUCGCCCACUAUCUGUACGUGUAUCAUUAGAAUUUCAUAAUAUUCAAGCGCAUCUACCCAUGCAUGGUUCAUCUAACGAAUCACCUUGCCCAAUAGCUUUUCUAGAUUGUAUUGGAUUUGAAAUGGACAAACAAUGGCAUGAAACAAAGCUUCAAUUAGCUUUUUCACCAAUUUUAAUCUGCUUCUACGAUCAAAAUAAGGACUUUCGUUCGAAAUCAAACUCAAAUGUAUCUUCAAGUCGUAUACAACUUGUUGGUUUACAAUUACGUGGUCAAGGCAUGUUUAGUCAUGUUAAUUUACCUAUUCGUGCUGAAUCAUUAGAAUAUGCUUGGUUAUUAGAGCUUACAGUUGGUCAACUUACUGGCCAAUUAUCUGCUCCUAAACUAUCAUGUUUAAUACAAUGUUUGAAAGAAUUCAUUUUUUCUGCAGUUGAUUCAGAAAAUCAAUUAAUCUCUUCAAAAGCAUUUGAACUUUGUCAACAUGGUCGUCCACAGCAACUAUGUCCAUUUUGGUAUAAAAUUUGCUCGGACACAUUAUGCCCUACUGAUAUGCAAUUGAAAUAUCGUAUGUUACGUCUUACUAUAGAUGGUAUUGAUUUAAGUAUAGUAGAAAAUCGAAAUUGUUUAAGUAUUCAAUGUGAUCCAAUUCGUAUGGCUCAUUGUAAUAUACAUGGUGCUACUCAUUGUGAUGGAAUGUUUGCAUUGAUUCCUGAUAUUAGAUUAAUACAAUUAAUUGCACCUAUAGCUCCUGAAGUCAAAGAUCAAUCUAAUUUAGACAGUCAAGUUAAAAGUGCCAAACAAUUGGAUGAUUCAGUUUUAUGGUUUGAAGCUGGUUCAUUCUCUCUUGGUCCAGUUCAUAUUAAUCUUUCUAGAGCACCAGAAAAACCUAAUCAUCUCAGUUGGCAAUUAGAUUUUCUUAAACGUCAUGAUUUUACAACUAAACGUUUAUCAUUUCUUUGGUCAGAUAAUAAUGAUUCAAUUAGUGAGACAUUUCGUAAUUCUAGUUUAAGUUCACGUCAUACUACAAAAUCAUUCAAUGUAUUUUCUACGAGAGAAAAUAAAUUUAUGACUAAGAAAUCGAUACCUGGUUAUAUUGCUCCUGAUAUAAUGCCAAAUUGUGGAUGUUAUGGUCAAUGUUCAUUUUUUGGACAAAAUGAAAGUGGACAAAUUUUAUUUUAUGAAUUAUCGACUGGUAAUUUACGACAACGUGCUAUAUUUCCAUCUAGAGCUGAUUAUAAACCUGAUUUAUUUGUAUCAUCGGAUAAUAAUAAGAGUAGUAAUAUUAAUAAUAAUAAAACUAACAGUGAAAAUCAACCAGUUUCUACUUCCAAUUUAUUUCUUGUUAAUCAACAAAUACCUACAGGCAAGGGUUUUGACUGGAGGGCAAAAAGCUUGGGUUUUGGUGAGAGUCUUUUACUUCCGAAUUGUUUGUUACAUGAAUUACAUUCUCCUGAUGAUUGCCAAGAGAAAUAUAAUGGUCUACUGCUUAUGCGUGAGGAAAUUAUUUCAGCUCUUCUUGAAACCAGUAUUCAAAAAGGUAUGGAUUGGUAUUUAUUGCAUUUUUGUGAAGAACAACACUAUCCAUCGGAUACAGAUUCAACUGGAAGUUCAGAUAGUUAUGAAACGUAUGCAACAUUUAAUGAUGACAAUGGUAGUAGCAGUAGUAGUAGCAGUAGUAGAAGUAAUUUACAACAACUUAUCGAUCAUGAUUCUGAUAUGGAUUUAUUGUAUGUGAAAAAUUCCAAUGAUUUUCUAUUCACUUGUGAUAAUUCCGCCAUGCAUGAAAUGAAACAACAUUUUAUCAAUAGAAAAAAGAAACCUAAACAUUCAUGGUUGGAAUUGAAUUCAUCUGAACAAACUAAACAUUCAUCAUUAUCGGAUGUUUUAGUGAGUACAGUUAAUGAUAGUAAUAUCAAAGAAGGCACAAAUGAAGAUAAGAAAUUACCUGAAAAUAAACAAUCAUCAUUGCAUUCAACUGUCAAGAAACGAAAUGAAAUAAAAAAAUCCAGUUAUUUACCAUCAAAUUUAUCAUUGAAUAGUUUAAUUGAAUUAUCAACACAUUCAAGUACAUCAUCGAAUAGUUUAUCACAUGGUAGUUUAAUUCAUCCUAUGAAUGAUGAUAGUGUGAACAAUGAUAAAACAUUGAUGGAAACUACUCAUAUCGGUUCAUUAUUAUCAUCAUCAUCAUCUUCACAUUGUAAAUCACCGCCAACACCACCUCCAAGAAAAUUUAUUACAAAUCAACAACAACAACAACAACAACAUUAUAUGAAAGGAAAAGAGUGCAAAGAAUCACAUAACAUUGAUAUUUCUAUGCAUGAGAAAAAUGCAACUAGACAAGAAUCUAAGAAUUUCGAUGAAAAUAAAAAAGAAGAAUUUGAUAGUGCUUUUGAAAAUUUUGUUGAUCUUCGGACUCAGUUGAAUAGACCAAUAAGCGAAAGUGGUCUCCUACGUCCAGCUUACGGUCGACAUUUAAGUUCAUUUAAAUGUGUAGCUGGUUUAACAUGCCCAACUAGUCUACGAAAUCGUUGGCAUAUUUGCAAACAUAUAUACCCUGGGGAUACUUAUGUUCAUUCAGUAGAUAAUCUAUUAAGAGUUGAUAAAAACACAUGCUCAAAUUCUUCACUUCAUCAGAAUGUGACAGUUUUCGAUCUUCUUCGUCAAUGUCAACCUAAAAUUGCUAUCGCUCCACGAUUUCAUAUUCGAAAUACUGGGUUUUCAUCUCAAUGUAUUACUAUCCGUCCAGAUUCAACUGCAUCACAAUCUACUAUUCCUCCUACAAAUCACUCAAAGGUGGCCUCGAAAGAAUCUAAUUAUAAUGUUGAUUCUCAAAGUGCUGCUGUAAAAUCGAAAGCUAUUGUUUGGCUUGCAGGACCGAUUAACUUAUUUCUCACUCCACUUCUAACUGAAUCACUUGAAAGAUAUAUUAAAACACUUAUACCAAUUGUGAAUACUACUUCACCUUCAUUGAUUGUGGAUUCAAUGCACUAUAGAUGCGUAAAAUCAGUGGAACGUCAAAUCAAACCUUUACUCAGCUCCACUCGUAAUAUAAUGCAGAAAAAUCAAAGCAAUUCUGUACGAAACAUAAAACAUACUCAUUCAUCACGUUCUGAACCCGGUGAUAAGCUGUCACCUAAUUCUGCUCCUGUAGAAGAACGUCAGUCAAUAUUACACAAUUUGCUUGGUUCUCGUUUCAUUCAAGAUUCAACAACUAAUAAUGUGUCUCAUCAAAAUAUUACUUCUAAACCUUUCAGAAUUCGAAAAAUAUCUGCAGAUUAUGAAUUAAUGUCAAAUAGUCAAGAUACUGUGAAAUUUAAAAAGACCACAUCAAAUACAUCGAAACCAUUGUGUGUAGUUACUGAACUGUCAUCAUCAACUAAUAAUAAUCAUCACCAUUCGAAACAUGAUGAUAAUUCUACACUGAAUAAUAAUAAACUAUCAUUCAAUAUGCCAAUUAUUUCAAUUUUAUCAAGUAAAGUAGCUGCAUUAUCUGUGGAACGAAUUAAUAUUACAUUUUUACAAUUAUAUGCUGUUGAAGAUUUAGUACAUUUAAAUAGUUUAAAAUCUGGUCUACAUGAUUUAACGUGUGUCUCUUUAAUGACAUUUUGCAUUGAUUCAUUUUCAUUUGAACUAAUGACAUCAUAUAAACGUGAAUCCUUAACUGAUAAAUCUAAUAAUACUCAUAUACCUGAUAAAGUUAACAGUAUAUCUACACCUGAUUCAAAUAUUAGUAAUCGACCUGUUGUAGCCUCGUCAACAGUUGAUUCCAAUCAUUUAAUUGUAAAACCACCAAGUAACAGUAAUUUACAGCAUAACAUCAAAUUACAAAAUGAUAAUAUUUCAUCUAGUGUUCAUGAUGUAUUUCAAAUUUCUUCUAGUCUAUCAGAUAAAUUGAAUUUUAUAUCUCAUAACAAUGAUACUAAUAAUCGUCAAGAAGGAUUAAAUAAUUCAUUUCCUAUUAGAAAACAACAUAAAAGGCAACCAUCUGCUCCACCAGUUUUACAUAAUUCACUUCAUUAUUAUGAUACAUUGACUCAAUCCUCUGAACCAGUGAUUAUGAUGGAAAAAUCUAACAAAUAUCACAAUGCACCACUGUUGAAUACUCUUAAAGUGAAUGAUUAUUUUUAUCAAGAAAAAUCAAGCCAUAUAGACGGAAAUAAACCUAUGAAACAACUGAUUAACAGUUCUAAAGUUUACAGUAAUACUAAAUCACCGAGUAUGGAAUAUAUUUCUUCGUUGUCCGGUUCAAAAGCCGCUCAAAAAGAUGAUGGUGUUACCAGUUCAGUUUUUGUGAAGCCAGCUGUAGGCGAUUCGAAUUACAUUAUCAGUAAUUCACUGGAUAGUGAACAUCUAGGCAGUGAAUUAGUCUGUCAGAUAACAGUACAAAGGAUUCAUGGACAAUUACGUCGUCUUACACGUCACAGUCAAUUCAGUGCAGAUGUUCUACUAACAGCAAUACCUUUCGAAUCUUCUAAAGCAUUCUUUCGUUUUAUUUCGGAUCCUAGUAAUUCUAAUCUUAGUCCUACUAGUGAAACACCAUGUUUAUCUAAAUAUUUUGAAGAGCAAAGUUUCGGUUGGAUUAUGUUUGAAUGUGGCCUACAAAGUCUAGCAUUUUCCUGGGUACACUGUAGUGGAUUCUCGGAGUCAGUAUCAGCCGAACCAAAUGCAAGAACAACGUCUACUGAUCAACAACCUAAAUAUACCUUUAAUGAGAGUGCUCCAUCUGGACAGCAUACAUCACAACAAGUUCAACCGGAUAAUUUUUCAACUGAUAAAAAAAAUGUAAAUCAUGUCAAUGGUUUAUCAUCAAAAUUAGUUGUUAAUACAGUAUGGCUUAAUUUCGCUGCACCGAAGCGUUUGCCGAAUAAAAGAAGAAUAGAACUUAUCAGAUCUGAUUGGAAUUUACUCAGUACUGCUGCUCCAACUAUACGAGCAUGGAUAGAUCCAUGCAAUCGUCUAGUUGAUGUUUGCAAACAAUUUCGUGUAAAUUCAGAACGUCGUCUUUUAUCUGUAAUUUCUUGUCUAAUGACUGAAGUUGUCAAUCCAAAAUCUGAUGUUCUGAAUGCAAAGAAUAAUACAGAUGAUAUUGAUAAUAUUAAUAAACGUCAUUCACAUCCAAUUGGAAAUAAAGUUCAAUUAGUGAUGCCAAAUGAUGAUUUAGAGGGAUAUGCUUUACAUCGUACAGAAUCUGCUCAUGUACUACGCUUUGAUCCUAGUUGUCAGUUAUUGAUUGUCCUAAAACGUUAUCUACUAAUAAUGAAUGAGUUUUAUGGUAUAACUAGAGCUGAUGAACUUUUAGCCGAAAUACUUAAAGAUUCAGUUGUCCCUCAAAAUGAAUUUCUUCGACGAGGAAUUCUUUCAUUAACUAGAGAAUGGCGUUUCUUAGUUGAUUCACUUGCUGUCAGUGUAUCAGAUUUGAAAGCUUUACGAGAGUUUGCAACUCCUUCAAUUCCUUUAUGCACUAAUUAUUCAGUGAAUAUUCGUCAGAAUGAUUUUGAUGAACCUGCAUUUCCAAAUGUUAUUGUCCGUAAACCUGGUUCAAUAUUAAAUGCUCAUGAUUGUCAGAUCAAAGAUAAUGACUCAUCUCUUCAGCAAACUGCAACUGGAAAACCACUUACAACAACUUAUCCAAAAACUGGUAAUUAUCUUUCACCUCAUAGUCCUGCGGUUACAUCUCGCUUAUUGAAAAUGGUUGUUGGUUCGUUGUCUCCGAAAUCUCCUCGUCUUGCUAGAGUAGAGUUAACGAAUAUUGAAGAUGGUCUAAAGCCUGUUGUACAUGUUAAUUCAAACGAUAACAUUCAUCAUGUAAUUGAUAAAUCUAUCAGUGACAAUGUACAAAAAUCAAAUCUUAUAAAUGAUGAUAUGUACGAUCAAACGGAUGAAGUGUACUGGGAUACAACUGAUCAAGUAACUGAUUGUAUCAAUGAUACUAACGAUCCUUUAAUUCGUAAUCCAAUUAUGAAACGUUUUCUUCAAGAUGCUAGAGCAAAUAUUAUGGAACAUCCUUCAACAUUAAAAGCUACUCCUGUAGUUUCACAGUCUUCAGUAAAUAUCACUGAUCCGAAUCAACACAAUGUGGAUACAUCCAUUGCAAAUAGAUUAUCAUUUGUAAGUGGUAUAGAUUUACCAACUUCUGAAAAUGAUGACUUCAUACCAGCCGUAUCCAAUGAUGACAAUUUUAAAACGCCAUUCAAGAAAAUCACAAAGAGUACAAAAGAAAAACAUAUUUCUAUUCCUUCAAACUUUGAUCAUUUAUGUGCUACAGAUUGUAAAAUUACAGCAGCUGAUUUCGAACAAGCUGCUCAUAUGAAUGCUCAAUAUCGUUAUAUGGCUUAUAUACAAAGUUUAUUCUCACCAUUGCUUGAAUCAGUCGAAUUAAGUAUUAAAGGAAUUCGUCGCACAACUUUAAUGAAGAAAUUCGAUGGUUUUCUUUCAAUAGACGGUCUUCUAAAAACUUUUCAAAUAGAAAUUGUUUCGUCUGCUCGUAAUCCCAUCCUUAAUUCUCCACCAAAGAAUUCUGUAUCCGAUCAGAUAAAUGAUCCUCAAAACUCUAGACCAGUUAAUCGUUCGGCCAAUCAGCAAACAUCUUUUCAAAGGCAAUCAGCAUUUUUAUGUUGCAAUUUUGGAUCGAAUUUAAUAUUACGUGAUAUUGUUGAUUAUAGUGGAGCCUCAUGUACAUCUCGUAAACAAAAAGCAGAUAGCUUGAGUCAAAUGCAAACCACUACUAAAAUUGAUGUUAUUUUACACAUUGAUUUUAUUCGACAACAUGUCAAUUUAUCCUUAUUACGUCUUGUUCAUCAAUUCAUUACCAUGGUAUAUUGUGCUAGAGAUACUUGUAAAUAUUUAUCACGAGAUGAUCAGUCAGCAAAUCAAAUUGUCAUAUCACCAACAUAUGUAUGGUCACAGAAACAUGAUUCUAAAGAUUCGUCAGAUGAUGCCGAUGGAACAUUUCGAUCACUUUCUUCAGCUUAUGUUCGUUUCGGUGGUUCUGUUGAUAGUGGCGGAUCGAAUAAUCCAAGUGAAUCGUCAAGAAAUAAAAAUAAAGGCGAAAGAUUCACUAACAAUGAAGAACCAUUUGCUUCAUUUACUUCUGAACAUGAUCGUUCUUCUGGUGAGAAUACAUCUAAUUGUAGUGCAGACAAAGAUUUGCUGAUCAUUACCAAUCCAGCUAAUUUACAUGAUGUUAUGCCUACUGUACCAUCAUUUCCACCUGUUCCUACAAGUCGAAUUACCCAAUCUGAAAACUCAUCAAUGAAUAAUGCUCCAAGAUCACCUAACAGUCUUGGUCCUUCAUGUUGGCAGCGAUUAGCGAAUUAUGUCGAGUUAUAUUCUACUGUACCAAAGACAAAGACUGUAAUACGUAAACAUGUAUCCGCUUCAGGACCAACUUCAGCUAUGCCUACUAUCACAGAAGAGGAUCGUGAUCUUAAUAUUGUAUGUACUUCAGAAUCGUGUAAUGUGAAACAUCAUCAGUCCACGCAUUCUUGUCCACCAAGUUCUUUACUUUUGAAUUCACCCACAGGAAAUAAGGGAAUUUUAUUCGGUAAAAAAUCUUAUCCUUCUGUAACAUAUCGUGUCCUAAAUGAAGAAUUAGACAAUGAUCAUGAAUUAAUGGAAUCAUCUAAUAAACAAGUUCAUAGUCGACAUAGUCGAUCUUCUUUCACAAAUCCAUGGAAUCCUAGUAUACAAGCAUUUCUAUCUCGUCCUUCUGCUGUUGGUAGUAGUGAUAAAUUUCAAAAUCUUUUUAAAACUCAAACAUCGAAUAAUAAUAAUAAUAAUAAUAAUAAUAAUUCAUCAAAAUAUCAUUUUAUUGGUUUAUCAUCGGAUAAAUCAGCAAAAAAAGAUCAACAAUUAAUGACUAAUACCAAUCAUGGUUUGGAACAAUUCACUUAUCCAUGGGUUUGGGGUGAACGUAUCCCACUUGUUGUAUUUGUUACAGCGAAAAUACGUCAAAUGGCUGUUAGUGCUGUACUCAGUGAACUGAAUUUAAAUGCAUGUGUUAGAAAUGUUCAUGGUUCUUUUACACUUACUAAACAAAUACGUGGUCAUGGCAGUUUCUCAGAGAAAUUCUUGACACACAGUUCAAAUUUGCAUUAUAGUGAUAGUAAUAUCCAAUUAACUGAAAAAUUACCAUUAAAAAUUCAGGAAGUUGUAUGUGUUCAAGCUGGUCGUUCACAUAUCAUGCUAUCAUGUAGUCGAAAUCUACAGUCGGAAAGAAAUGCUUGUGUUGUUAGCCUUGGCAAAAUAAUGGUCACUUUGCCACAUCAUCCUGUUCGACUGCAUAGUGUUGUACAACGUCAAGCUAAACGUAUCUCUUCUACUGUUUAUGAACUUUUACGAAAUCCUAAUGCUGGUUAUACACAAAUUCAUUCAUGGCGUUCCUCUGGAUCUCGUAUGGCAACAACUCCAACAACAUGUAGUACAACAACUACAGCAAGUGAUCCAUCAAAUCAUUUACGACCAUCACACCAAUCAUUACCAAAUGAAUCUGCACAAAAUUUAAUGACUGCAACAGCUAGUAAAACAAUUCCAUCACCACCUUUGUCAUUUAAUCUUUUAGCUGUAUUUCAAGGUUUAACUGUCAAUGUAGCAUUACAUUCUACACUGAAAGCUGUUUAUCAUAUUGAUCCAGUGUAUGUUACUGGUCAGGUUGGAUCUCGUAGCUAUGUGGAUAUCAGUAUAACAGAUCAUUCACUUAGUCUCAAAUCUGUGCGUCCUCCAGCUAACUUUCCCACAUCAAUCUCAUUGCCUUUCCCUCGUAUAUUGGCUUCAAUUGUUCAACGUGUUUCAUCAGGUGGUCGUUAUGCUCGUAGUCAACGUAAAGAACCUAUGCUUACAUAUGGUUUAGCAGCAGAACAAGGUGUUUACUUGGAUAUUCAAAUACAAAUUGAUACACUUGAGCAAAAUUUAACUGCAGACAUGUUAAACUAUAUUAUGGUUGUUGUAAAAUUAUUCAUGAAGGAAAUCAAUGAAGUUAUACAGAAAAUGGCUGGUGAAGAACGACCCCGCCUGCGUAAACCACUUUCAAGGUUCACACCUAAUCAAAUGAGUCAACCAGAAGACCCAACACGGCCUUCUACUCAUUAUACUCCAACUGGUGAUUGGCUUUUAUCACGUGCCGCACGUGGAAGAACUAAAUUUACAAUCAAAAUACGAAUGAAAGAAAUUCAAUUAUUAGCAUCAACAAAAAAUGGUGCAAUUAAAUUGGAAGCUAGAAAAAUUGAAAUUGAAUUAACCAAUCGUGUAUCACAAACAUAUUUAUUAAAUAAUCAAACUAUGCCAACAUUUUAUUCAUCCAACAAUGAACCACCGUCUAAUUUAACUCAUAAACGACCAACAAAUUUAAAUAUACGUUCAAGUCAUACAUCUAGUUAUUUCUCUGAUAAUGGAAGAAAAUCUUCGUCUGUAGGAUUAAAUAGCUGUAAUAAUUCUCUUUUCAUAUAUGCUACUAUAGCUAAUAUUAGUCUGGAUCUAGGUCAUUUUGAUCAGGAUACUUUUCAUGCACUUAGUCCAGAUUUUCAAAAUGUAGCCUUUUUCCGUACAUCCAUUGCUUUACGUUCACUGUUGGCCGAUGAAAAAUUUGAACCGAAUCAAAGUAUGGAAUCAUCUACUAAUAGAUGUCAUGGUGAACAAGAUGCAUUUCUUAUUUCAUUAAAUCGACCAAUUAUUUGGCUUAAACCAUUUACACUUGAUCGUGGUAUGUUUUAUUUAUUUUUUCCCAUUAAAUUACUACUACUCUCUUUACCAUCACAAAGUUUGAAAUCAGAUUCACGAACCGCUUUAGUAUUGACAUUGAAUAAAAGUCGAAUUUCUGCAUGUCAUCAAGAUUCUGUUGUUAGCCAAGGAGAAUUUACUGAUUUCUGUUUACGUUUCGAUGAUGAAUUUAAUGUUGGCUCUGAUGAUUGGAAACCAGACAGAAAACGAUCAACAAUUGAUGUGAAAGGAAAACGUCAUGUUGUCAUAUUGAAUGCAUGUGUUGUUCCUAGUGGAACAUUCAAUGUCUAUUGGAGAGAUUUAGAAAAACGUGGCCGGUGGCAUAUAGCUAUUAAUUGGCAAAUGCGUGGUCUAGAUUUUCACUUGGAUGAUAAUAUUGGUCGACGUCUGAAAGCACUAUUUACUAUUCUUACAAGAAUGACCGGUUAUAACGAUGCAGCCCCUUUAUUGCCAACUUCUGGUGAAGAAGAAGAAGAAGAGGGAUAUGAAGAACAUCAGUCACAUGAUAUAAUAAAUACACAAGAAAACCAAACAAUCCUGCCGUCUGAAAAUGAACACCAGACUCUACCAUGCUCUAAUGAAAAACGUUCAUCUCUUGUAUCUUCUGUUUCAACUAAAAAUCCCACUGCAGAUGUGGACAUUGCUUCAUUGGAUCGUUAUCGACAUACAGCUAUAUCUAAAGAGUUUGAUGCCAAAAAUACUCUGGAUCAUUCACAUUUUCGAAGUAUGGAAUUUCAUAAGCAUAAAUUAGAUUUAUCAGAUUUACAAGCUUUCAAACGUCAAAAAUGGAAUACACUUCGAAAGAAAAAAUCCGGACAUGUGACUAGAGGUUUAGCAUUACGUGCACAUAAUUCACUACACACUGAUCACUAUACUACAAAUGAAUUCAAUUUUCCUAAUGUACAACCUCUUGGUUCUCAAUCUAUACCGACUGAUAGAAAACCAGCUAAAACAUGUUUACGUCCAUCUUUUUCGGUCACAGAAGAUUUCGUUCCAAAUCGAACUCAAGGCGAUGAUCAUACAAAAGCCAUUCAACAAUCUAGUAAUGUACAACUUCGAAAAUUCAGUAAUACACCACUGUCUGGUAUUUCUUCAAAACAAAUCACUAAAAUGGAUUCAGUUUAUUUUGAUGCAGAUGAUACUAGUCCUAAUGCGGUUUUCUUUUCAAAACAUAUUUCAACCACUAACAACAUCAUGACAAACAGUAUCAAUACAAAGUCGGAUAUUAAUGAUCUACAAUAUAAUAGCCGAAUUUUUGAUGAAUACAGUGAUGAUUGGUGUGAUCCAUAUGGUGGUAGUUUGGAUGUUGAUGAUGACUUGUAUCAUGAUGCUGACGAAUUGAAUACUGUUGAAAGUGACAAUACAGAUUCAUCAUAUACAAUACAAACAAUGCAAACAUGUGUAACUAAUUUAGAUCAUAUCAAAUCGUCUACUAUUAGGCCACCAACGCCUCCACCACGUCAAAUACAUAUUGUUCACGAUGAACCUCAUGUUGAAUUUCAUCCUUCUACUACGGAACAGGUUGUAGAUAAUAAGACAACUAAAUCUCCGAAUACACAACAAGUAACAGAAGAAACAGAAGAAGAAGAAGAACCAAAGCUUCAAUUUGAAUUAGAUUUACAAAUUCAUGUUGAUUCUGGUUGUUGUGUUCUGCAUCCACGUCUUCCUUCAAAAUUCCUGUCUGAUGAUAAUAGAGGUAAACAUGUACCGACUUCAGUUUUUCAAACAGGAAUAGGAAUAAAUCCAUUCAAUAUUUCAAAUACUAUGAAAGUUCAAUCUCCUGAAGUUCGUAGUCAAACUCCUGGUGCAUUUUCACCAACUCAUAAUGAAUCUGGUUAUAGAUUAUCGUAUAGUGAUUUACUUCCUGGAUAUUUAGAACGUUAUCGACAUCAAUUAUUACAAGAUUUUCAAAUAGUUCCUAAUGAUAUUAGUAUAUUUUAUUUACCUGCUGUAGAUGUUAAUCUUCAUUACAAUUCUAUGACUGAAUUAGAAUUUUUACCUGGCAGUAGUACUUAUAAUGUUCCAGUUAUACCUAGUGAACCUCCUGUUAAUACAAGAACAUUAUCUCCAAAUGCUAUCUCAUCGAAAUCAACUAGUCAGUCUAGAGCUGGACAAACUACUGCGAAUAAAGAUGACUCUAUUCCUCGUAGUAUAAGAAAACAAGCUGAUUUGUAUAUUUCGUGCUUUUUACAAAAAUUACCAAAUGAAUUAAUUGUUCAACCGGCAUUACUUGAUUUUCUUGAACAAGCUAUUGAAAAUUUACCGCUUACUUCUGACUGGAAUUCAGAAGUUGAUUCUGUUUCAUCGGAUUCGGGUAAUGAAAUACUGUUUGAAAAAUUCCCAGUACAUGCUAUUGUUCAUUUUCAUGUUCAACCAUUUACAAUACGAUUUCUAUGUUUGCCAACUUCUCGAAUGCAAUGUUUAAUGGUUUUACCAUUUUUGGAUGCUGUUUUCUCAACUAAACGUGAUGAUCCGGACACUGUUAUGCAUAGAACUGAAUAUAGUGUAUCACGUAAAUUAUGCGAUCUUAAUUCACUUCAAUCUGAUAAUCAAUCAGAUAAUCCAAAUGCAACAUUGAAACAGAAACCAAUAGUUGGUGAUGUAGUUUCCGCUGGUGGACUUUCUAUUACUGCCAUAUUAAAAGAAUUUCGUAUAUCAAUAUUUCAUCCGUAUAGUGAAUCAACUUCUAUUAGAUCAGGCACUAGUUCAUGGGGUAAUGCUAGACCAUGUGAUUCAUUGACAAUAUUUGUCAAAGAAAUACAAUGUCAUCUUUCACGUACAGUCAAAUCAAAAGUUGUACAAAUUAAUCCUAAUGCAACAACAUCAUCAUUAUCAUCAUCAUCAAAUGUAAAUGAAUCGAAUCCAACCAAUGUUGUGUCAUCAUUAUUGGAAUCGAAUAAAAUUCCUUCCAAUUCAUCAAUUCAUCAUGUUGGCGAAACAAUGAUCUCUACACAAUCGGUGGAUAAUUAUGGAUUACAUCGAAAUUUAUGCAUUUCAGGUAUAUUUGAUAUUGGUGUAGCUGAAUUCACUUGUGAUACUCGUCGAACAUUAGAAAUUUUAGAUAUUUAUAAUUCAUGGUAUCGUAGUAGUUUGGCUCGUCGUUUAUUUUUAGGCAAUGAUGAAUUGACUGAAACAGUUAAUAUUACAACCCAGUCUUAUGAUCAAGAUGAAAUGAUGGAUGACACAAAGAAACCACAAGAACAAGAACAACAACAACAAGAACCUUAUCAGAAUUUAGAAACAAAACAAGAAAGUUUGAAACAACCUUUACACAGUGAAUCAUUGAAUCUUAAUCCAGAAACCCAACAAUCAUUAGAUAAGAGCCAAAAGCAUUCAACAGCCAAAACAACUUUUUUGAAUGAAGUUCUUAGUCAUAAACAGUCAAAUGUAACACGUGCUACAACAAUCGGUCCAUGUAAAUCGACAAAUGAUAAAACUGAUCAAGAACCUAAAACGCUUACAAUCAGCACUUCACCAGAUCCAACAUCAAAAUUAACUACACUUGUUGGUGAACGUGGAGCUAGUGGCAGUCGUAAUACUAGUUUACGAGUAGCAUCCUGGGAUGCGCUAACUAUUUUCUGUGUACAUUUAAAGAAAUUUGAUUUAAAUUUAUACAUGGGUAGUGCUAUGGGUUUAACACGACUUAUUGUCGAUCAGUCAUUUUGUGAAGGUCAUAUCUCUGUGAACUCAUCUGGUCGUAAAAAUACCUUAUUAACUGCUGGCUUAGCCAAUAGUCAAUUUAUCAGUGAAGGGGGUGGAGUUGGUGGUGAAUUUGGCCUAGUUGAUUUGGUGACUCAGCUAAAUGGGAUUUCUCGAGAUUUACAGAAUGCUACGGUCCUACUUAUACUUACGCUGUUUUUGUUGGGUCUUUUAACAUUAUUACUACUACGGCACAUAAAGUCUCAUGUACCUUUGCGAGUUCAAAUUACUAAAGUCCCUAGAGGAUUCCGCCGAAGAGAUAAGAUCAGAUAUCAUGCAAUCAAGUUUGGGCGCAAAUUUAGUGAAAUAACGGAGGAGCUAAAGAAGGUGCAGACAAAGGAAGAGCGUAGAACAACUAUCAUAAAUUUUGCGAAAAAGAUAUUCAAGUUGCACGAUAAUGAAAAGUCGCCAACGUUGGCCUAUGAUCGACUGCCUGAGUCGUUUUUCGAACCAGACGAAGAGGAUGUCUCUUCACUGCCAGAAGAUCUCCGCUUAAUGAUAAGUUCAAUAAGGGUUUUUGGCCAUCUAAAAAAAUCAUAUUUUAUCGGGUUUUGCAAAUUCAUUGAAACAGUUGAGUUAAAUAUUGGCGAGUAUCUUUUUCGCAUCGGAGAUGAAGAUAAAUAUGUAUAUGUUAUUCGUAGUGGUAGGAUUCAAAUCACUGUCACAGAACCGGAUGGAUCCAAGUUCAUCAUAGCUGAAGUUGGGAAAGGUGGGAGUGUUGAUAGUUUACUAUCUGUUCUAAGCAUACUUACUGGUUAUCCUUCAACCUUUAAGUUCAUGGAAGCGGUUGCUUUGGAGCCCACUACUGUAUUGUGCUUACCGGCUCAGUCAUUUUUAGAAAUAUGCAAACCACAAACUCCUGCUCUUUUUCGUAUUAUUCAGAUGAUUGCAGUUAGACUUCAACGCUUGAGUUUUAACGCGCUACACACUUAUCUUGGCUUAAGUUCGGAACUAAUAAAUAAAGAAUUUUCUCCUAUUUCUGGUUCAUCUGAAUCUCACGAAUUUUUAUGCAAGGUUUUUGAAAAGCGGCCAUCAGUGAAAGACUUUAACAAAUUUGGUCAUAUUAGUUUAAAGUAUUCAGAUUUAGAUCUUGCAUGUUCAAAAGUAAAAUUUGCCACGUUAAAUACCAUAAAUGACCAAAAGUUUGGAAAUGCAGAAUCAGGAUUAGAACAGGUUUUCACUUAUCAUGAUUUGAAUGUGAAUUCCAUGUCACAAUCUGGUGCACUUGAAUUAGGUGAAAGUCCUAUAUUCUACAGUCAGAAAAAGACAUCACCUAUCAUAUGUUCACCUUCACAACCACCUAGCCCAAAUUGUGAACGUCACAGCACUAAUUUACGUCGAGCACACUCUCUUGCAGAUGCAUCUUGUAAACCUAAAUUUAACUAUGAUGAUGUAAAUACUGUGAAGAAAGACAAUGAUAAUGAAGCUAACAAACAAGAAUCUGAUGAUUUUACUGAAGAUGUUAAUUUUACCAAAACUGAAUUAGAAGAAAUGAUAAGAUUUGCUGAAAAAGAUUUGGCUAAUUUAUUAAAUUUAACCGAUACAUCUAUCCUACAUGGACAUGUUUCACUUAUCACUGUUUCAACUAAUUUUAUACUUUCAAGAGAAUGUGAAAUGCAAUUGGAAAUGUAUUACGUAAUAUUCGGAGAGUUGAAAGCUUUUCAAUCAACUACUGAUGGAUCUAAUGUUGUUACAAUGUUUAAAUGUGGACCGGGAAAGGUAGUUGGACUUUUGGGAUUGAUAACCGGUGAGCCAAAUAUUUAUGGCAUACAAGCUACUACCAAAACGAUUAUAGCUGUUUUAUCCCGCGAGAGGUUUUACUCUAUAGUUCGACAAUAUCCUAAGGCUUUGUUCAGCGUCACCCACAUUAUUUCUUCUCAUUUAUCACCGUUAUUCCAUCAACUUGAUUUUGCUAUGGAAUGGUUAUCUAUCAAAUCAGGAAAGGCUUUAUAUAAGAAAGGAGAUGUCGCAAAUCAUGUGUAUGUUGUUUUAAGCGGUCGAUUAAGACAAGUCGAUAAUAUGCCAGAUGGAGGUCAUCGUAUAGUCUGUGAAUUGGGACGUGGUGAUCUUGUUGGUUUUCUUGAAGUUAUUAGUCAACAAACGCGAAUAACUACAGUUAUGGCGAUCAGAGAUUCAGAACUGGCUCAAAUUCCUUCACAUUUACUUCAUUAUUUGAAAAAUAAAGUACCACAAGUAUUAACUCGUAUUAUUCAAUUAUUAUCCGAUAAAUUAUUGGGUAAUUUAACUACUAGUUCUAAUAUGACUAGUCAAUUGGGUAUGCCAAUUCUUCACAUAACUAGUACAAAUGCAUUACUCACUAGUGGAUUAGGUUAUACAACUGAUGGAAGUUCUAAAUUAGAUGUUUUAUGUAGUCCAUUAAAUAAUGGUGUUAUGACUAAUCUACGUACAAUCGCUGUAUUACCUGCUACAAAUGAUAUUAAUGCUGAAGCAUUCACUUUGGAAUUACAACAUUCAAUGAGUUCAAUGGGAUCAUCUGUUCGUCUUACUUCAGAUAUCGUGCUGAAACGUUUAGGUUCAUGUGCAUUCGAUAGUGUUAGCCAGUAUAGACUUAGUACUUGGUUAAGUCAUCAAGAAGACUCACACCGUAUUGUUUUCUUCGUUUGUGACUGUCAACGAGUUUCAGUGUGGAAUCGUAUAUGCAUUCGUCAAGCUGAUUGUAUAUUGGUUUUAGCUUUGCAUUCGUCUGAUCCAGCGCGUCCUUCACCGAUAGAAAUGGCAUUAAAAAAUGAUCCAACAAAGGUUGCCAAAGUGCUCGUUCUUAUGUAUCCUUUGGACACCGAUUAUCCAGAAUCCGGUAAAACUGCAGUAUGGUUAAAUGCUCGACCAUGGAUUAGUCAACAUUAUCAUAUACGCUGUGAACCUCGUGUAUUUAUACCUCGUUCAAAGUUAAAUCUUAUAAGUUUUUACACUAAAGUAUUUGCUCGUGAAAAACCUAAUCCAUUGUCUGAUUUCUCUCGUCUUGCUCGUUACUUAGUCGGUGAAGCUGUUGGUCUUGUUUUAGGCGGUGGAGGAGCAAGAGGUUGUUCACAUGUUGGACUAAUACGUGCUUUUCAAGAAGCUGGUAUUCCAAUUGAUUUAAUUGGUGGUACAAGUAUUGGCGCUUUUAUGGGUGCUUUAUGGGCUGAUGAAACUCGUGUUGCACAGUUUACUCAAAGAGCCAGAGAUUUCACUAAUUGUUUCAAUUCUAUAUGGAAAAAAAUUAAAGAUUUCACUUAUCCUGCUGUGUCAAUAUUUUCUGGUAAAGAAUUGAAUCGUCAACUUCAAUCUAUAUUUUAUGAUCGUCAAAUUGAAGAUUUUUGGCUUCCUUUCUUUUGUGUAACCACAGAUAUAACAAACUGUAAAAUGCGUAUUCAUACACAAGGGUCGGUUUGGCGUUACAUUCGUGGUGCUAUUACAUAUCCACCAUUGGAUCCACCUAUUUGUGAUCCAUAUGAUGGUGCCUUAUUGGCUGACGGUAGUUUCUUGAACAGUGUCCCAGCUGAUGUGAUGGUGUGUUUCGGUGCGAAAACAAUCUUUGCUAGUGAUGUUGGUUCUGCUGUAGAAACAGAGCUUACAAAUUAUGGUGAUCAUCUAUCGGGUUGGUAUUUAUUGUAUAAUCGAUAUUUCAGAUUUGGCAGUUCUGUACUUCGUAUUCCAAGUCUAACAGAAAUUCAAGCUCGUCUAGCUUAUAUUUCAUGUGUACGACAAUUGGAAUACAUUAAAGCCAGUGGUAUAUGUUUAUAUCUUCGACCACCGAUUGAUAAAUAUUUAACGCUUCAAUUCUCUGCAUUUGAUGAAAUAGCUAAUGUUGGCUAUGAAUACAUUAAAUGUAUGCUGAAUACAUGGCAUGAAGAAGGUCGUUUACAAAAUCUUAUACCAGGUGUGAAACCGCAUAUCUCUUCUUCGAAUGAACCAUUGAUUGAUUCAUCAUCCAGUGCUCAUUUUACUCCAACUCAUUCACUUGAUAGUUUUACUGCAACAACAGCCACAACCACAACAACUACAACUACCACAGCUAUUAGUUGGUUAACUCAAAGUUUCAGUGAUCAGUUGACCUUCAUUGAUCUAGCCGAAUGUAUAGCAAAAACAUAUAAAGGAGUAGAUUCUUCAGGUUCUGAUAAAUAUUACACAACAGAUAGUACUAAUGUACAAAAUUUAUCUCAAAUACCCGAUUUGGAUAAUAAAACCACGAUUACUGCUACUAAUGCUACUGUUUCCAGUGGUAGUAGUAUAAUUGCUGUAAGAAAAUUUCCGAAAUCUACGCACACCAUUGUUUCGGAUUCAAUAUCACGAUAUAUUGAUAAUGAUCAUUGUUUACAGUCUGGAUUUAGUUCGAAAACUUCACCGUCGAAUGUAAAACACCACAAGGAAAAACAGAAGCAUGUUUUCGACUUUGUGAAAAAUAAUCUCUCUUGCAAGCGUAGACGACGUUUUCUGAGUGAUUGUUACAAUGCAUCAUCAAAUACCGUUGGCACUUAUUCCUACCAUGAUGUAAAUCGUGCUCCAAUCCAAAACAAUUUGAUUACAACCGAUGUCUAUAAUAAUUUGCGCAGAUUUAAAUCUGAUUAUAAUCUACUACAAAUAUAUGACAACAGUCAAACAAGGAGCGUAAUGACCAAUAGUGAUUUCAUGUCUGUGAACAAUCCAUCUGCGAAAUCUGCACACGUUAAUAGAUAUAGUAUGUCUUCGUUUAAAUCUCUGGAAGAUGAUGGAUAUUUAGAAGAUGAUGAGAGUUCCACAGACAGUGCACAUUCUCCAGUUACAGCAUCUGACCCUGAAUUGAGACAUGAUGUUUACCCUGAAUCAAUAAAUGUGGAAGAAAGGGGUUUGCGAAAGAGAUCAUCCUCUACUUAUAGACUACCACCUUAUUUGCUGCAUACAGAAGUAUCAAAGAAGAAAUGUGACUCCCCGAAUUCUGAUAAUAAUGCGAAAAAUCCAUCCGUCAUAAAAGGGCAACAAGGAAAUAAUGAUGUGAUUACCAACCACUCGUCUGCACGUCAUCGAACCAAACACAAUCUCAAAAGACAUCAUCGUUCAUCAUUAGAUCGAUUACGAACUGAUCGUGACCGAGUUACAGCCAACUAG